CUCAUCCCUAACACCAGCAACGCCCACCUCUAAUCUCGGAACUCGGCGUUUAAAAAAAGACCGAAAUUGUCGUUAAUUUGUCGGUGCUUUGAGCCACAGAAUCUCAAAAUGGGCCUUAAAGGUUGUGAAAUUCAAUUGGACAACCCAUGGAACACCUACUACGCCGGUCAGACAGUCAAUGGCCAGGUGAUAUUCACAUUUGACUCGCCCAAAAAAGUUCGAGGAAUUAUCAUCCGGUUCCUGGGCGAAGCCAACACCGAGUGGACUGAGGAGAAGAGUGUGACCACCAGCGAGGGAAAGACGGAGAACGAGGUGACCCAGUUAAAGGGACAUGAAGAAUACUUCAAGAUCCAGUACUAUUUGCUGGGCGGCAAGAACAGUUCUGAAACGGAGCUGCCGCCUGGCACCCACACUUAUCCAUUCACCUGCGCCUUGCCGCCCAAUCUUCCCUCCUCUUUUGAGGGUGAAUUCGGACACGUGCGGUUUACCAUUAAGGUGACGCUUGAUCGUCCCUGGAAGUUCGAUCAGGACAUGAAGAUGGCUUUUACAGUUAUAGCACCUGUUGAUCUGAAUCUGAAUCCACGCGUCAAGGAACCGUUCAAACUGGAUCUAGAAAAAUCAUUCUGCUGCUUUUGCUGUCGCUCGGGACCGCUGGCAGUGAUCACGAGCAUACCACAAACAGGAUUCGUUUCGGGCCAAGUGCUGCCUAUCACCUGCGAGGUGGACAACACCAGCAAUGUGAAUCUCACCGCAGUGAAGUUUGAGCUGCGCAAGUUAGUCACCUUCCACACGAAUCAGCCGCGGAGCGAGAAGCGCGAGUCCAAGGUGAUCAUAGCCAACUUGAGUGUCGGUCCAGUCAACGGCGGCGAGUCGCACACGUUUACGCAGCAACUGGAAAUACCGGCGCUGCCACCGACCAACCUUCUCAACUGUGGUAUUAUAGCCUUGGACUACGACCUGCACGUGGAGUGCGAUGUCAGCGGUCCGCACCGCAAUCUCACGGGCAAGAUCCCAAUCACACUGGGCACCAUCCCUUUGGCGGGCGUAAGGCCUCCUACACAGUUUACGGAUGCUCCGUCGGCCGUCCAGUCCGAGGAUCCAUCGCUUGCGCCCACGCAGCCAGUAAGUCCGGCCAGUCCUCCGGGUGGCGAUGGCGUGGGCGGUGCGCUGGGCUGGAACGUGGCGGACAGCACUGGUGGAGGUGGCUCCCUGUAUCCCAAUAUACCGCCACCGCAGUUUGUGGAGACCCAGUACAAGGCGCCGACCAUCGCCGGACGCGACGACUCCGAGCACACGCAGAUAAUCGGUGACGGAGCCUUCGCUCCCCGCUAUCCGACCUUCCAGUUUAAUAAUGCCACGGCACCGCCAGCGAACCAGUAAACGAGUCUCUAAAACAAUGAUAUUUUUCAAUAGUUUAACUCUACUCCAACUACAAGAGAGUGAAUUUUUUCUAGAUACCUCUAGAUGAUAUGGGGUUUAUGAUUUUGAUGGGACGUCUUUUCUUUCGUAAUUUCGAUUGGCUUGCAUUUAUUAAAUGAUAGCUUUCCGUCCAAAACGAAAGCCCAAAUACAUAAGUUGCAGUCAAAAUAAUACAGUGUCCAAAGGUGGUUCAUUUUUUUUUGUUAUUUUCGUUAUAGUACACACUCAUAUAUUUUUGAUAAUUGAAGCCAUUAAAUUUUGAAUAAGAAAUUGAUCAAAGAUCAAAUCUAACGACACAUACUUGAUGUUUUUGUGUUUCUUAAAAACUUUUAAGCGUUAAAAAGGGACUUGAAUCUCUAUUGUUUUGACUGCAUCUCAAUAAAUAUUCGUAUAUAUACGCACAAUUUAGUCAAUUCCGAUUUAAAAAUGCAAUGGCGCUGCUCAACAUUAUUUUUCUCAUUUUAUAAGCCUGCAAUAGUGCCUGAAACUGAUGUACCACUAUAAUCGUAAUAAAACACAAAAAUUGAUGAUGAAUUGUUA